UCGCUGUCAUGUCGCUCCCGCCCCUCACGCCGCGGGGCUCGGAGCUCACGGAGCUGGCUCCCCCCUCCUCGCCUCUCGAGGACCCUGAUCCCCAACCACCCGGCCGUAAACGGCUCCGUUUGGAGGAGCCAGAGGGUGUCUCGGAGGCGUGGUGGAGGCUGCCCUUGGUGCCUCGCCUGCCUGAGGUAGAAAACGCCUGGGCGUGGGCGCCCCGACCCCUCAGCGCGCUGCUUUAUUCACCUCACGCGGCCUCCGAGGACGCCGCCCGCGCGCGUGUGGAGACGGCCGGCCCCGGGCGGCGCGCUCCCGGGGGCCCUGCCGGGGACGGGGCGGGGGCCGGGACGCGGCUGCCCCGCGGCGACGGGACGCGGGGUUCGGGCCCCGGGAGGGGCGCGGAGAGAGGCCGGAGUGACGGCCCGCGGGCAGGAGGGCCGUUCGCAGGCGUUACCUUUUGUCAGGAGCAGAAACCAGCAUUUCAGGACGUGAACGGAUGCACAGCUGCCGGGGGGAUGCUGUCAAAUGAAAAAGAAAAUAGCAUUUCGGCAUCUGCGCUAAAAAUAGCCAAAUCGCAAACCCCGCCCAGCGUGGAAAUGGCCAAAUCUGGCUAUUUUCGAGAGAGCCGCACAAUCAGUAUCCGUGAGUUUGCAGCUAAUUUAAAAAGCAAGAUGUCCUCUGCCUGUUGGAAGGAAAGAGCGAAGGAAACGGGGGACACACAGGAGGCGUGUGUUGGGGGUUUCACCGACACCGACUGGGCCCGAAGUAGACGUGAUGUUGAGAAGCAGAACUUAAGGGAUGAGGGAAUGAUGUUGGGCGUGGAAAAUGUUUUUCCUGAACUUUAUGAAAGUUACCCCCAGUCACUCUGCAACCAGAAUGUUUUUUGUGGGAAAAAGAAAGACUCCGUCCGUGUAAACAUCUAUAACCACGGUAGUGUCCAGUCUGACAGAAGAGACUCUGGAAAGGAUUUCGCUAUAAUAUCAGAAAACGCAGAUUUGGAAGAAGCAGGGCCAUGCCUGGACAGCUGCAGAUCUAACACCAGCUUGGCAAACUCUCCAAGCUGGGACUGUACCACUGCAUAUGUUUUGAGCCAAAACAGGGAAAAUGGUUGGAUUGUGGAUAAUGACAAGACGAAGUGUGAAAACAUGAGAAACACUGGAGCAAAGUUGAGUUUGCUACAGUUGUUAGAAAUAGGCCUUUUAAACAAUACAAUAGCCAUGAGGACACAUGAAGAACAAUUAAAGUCUCUCAUGAUAGGAACACUGGGUAGCCAAAAAACUUUAAUACGUUUUCUCUGGUUAAAAGCCAAAGGAGAAACUGAUAAUGGGCUGCAGUGGAGAUAUUGCACUACACAAAAGGACUUUCAUUUAAGCAUUUUUGAAAACUUUAUUGAAGGAAUUUUAUAUGUCCAUAAAUGUAUUUCAGGAAAUCAAAAAGAUAGCUUAAGCUGGUAUGAAAUUUUGAUAUAUAAAGAGCAAAAUAUAGUGAGAAGUGUGGAUAGCAAUAGAAAGAAUAACAUUUUAAGCAUAUACUUACAAAGCAAGUUUUCACAACCUCUAAAUAUAUUGAAAACUAGCAUAGUUUCUUUGCUUAGUAACUUCGACUCUUUAACAAGAAUUGAAAAUGAUUCUCAAUUAGAAGAGGGAUACAUUUUCAAAUGGAUAGUCAGCUAUCCACAAAAUGCAGUGGAAAGUCAUGAUAUAUUAAGGAGGUUUUCAACACUAUUAGAAGAUAAUAUGGCGCCUACAUUAGAGACAGGGCAGCUUAAAAACGAACAAGUUUUUGAAGAGCCUAUGAAAAAAAGUAUCAAUUCCUUCAGUAUGACAACUAAAAAUACACAAUUUCCAGUUUUUGAAACAUAUGAAAAAGUUUCUCUUUCAAUGGACUUUGAUAAUUUGGAUGAAAUUUUGUCGACAAAAGAAAUUAGUUACAGGAAUAAGUGUUGUCCUGAACAACUUAUGAAUGAGGGAAACUUGACAAUUAAAACACUAAAUAAGUGUAGACCUCCAUUUAUGUGGAAUAACCAUGAAUAUAUUAAUGCAAACUUAUAUGAAAUAAGUAAAUACAACCAAGAUUUAGAUACCGAAAGAAAACCAGAGCAUAAUAUUCUCAGUAGUUUUAAUUUUAAGGACGUUCUUGAAGAUUUCAUCAACAUUAGGCAGCAGGCCAUACAGUCAAGCCACCAUAGAAGACACAGUGAACAAAUCAAUCCUACUUCCAUAAUUCAGGCGCUAAAUUUUGGGAACUUGCUUACUGAAACUGAAGGAAAAAAUCGUAACUUAAUUUUGAAGGAGGAAGUAAAAGUCACAGCACAAAGUUUAACAAACAGUUGCCAUGCUCAUGAAGACAUUAAGAUAGAAAAGGAAGAGAAUAUUUUUGAUUCCAAGGAUGAUAUGUUUUCUGUGCAACCCGUUUUUUUAAUGAAUAAUAAGGUAAAUGUGGAAGGACCUAAGAAUGUUUAUCUAAAUAAUGUAGAUGAGAGCAAUGAAUAUGAAAGUAUUUUGCAAGAAAUGGAGUUAGCUAAUUCAGAGCAUUUUCAUCCAAAGAAUGACUCUACAGAAAGUGUUAAUCACCAGUCGGAAACUGAUUUGAGUGUCAGAAACAAUGAAUGUUUUCAGGACUCAACUGCCAAGUGUUUACCAACAGAAACUCUGACAAUAGUAAAAGAUUUUGAGAUGAAGAGUAAAUUUGAUUUAGUGCUUGAAGAACUUCGUAUGUUUCAUGAAAUUAGCAAGGAAAAUGAAAUUCUAAGCACUGUGGAAACAAACAAUGGACUAGAAAAUUACUUUGGAGAAAAUAAUGUUGGGAAAGUAAAAAUGGAGAUUAAAAAAGAUUUGAAAGUGGGUGCAGGCAACAAAAUAUGUACAUCUUCUUUGUACUGUGAUACUAAAGCAGGUCCUGUUAUGCAUAAAAGACACCAAAACGCAUUUAAAUGGAAAACAGUAUCUAAAAGUGGAGAACAGGAAGUUCCUGAGGAGUAUUACUGUUCAAGAACAUCAGAAGAAGAAUUACUCUACUCUGAGAAAGAUUGUGAAAAACCUUCACCUAAAAGACCUGCUUCCUUCUCUGAUGAGUUUAAUGAAGAAAAGUUUAAUUAUUUGCUGAAGGGAGGUAGUAAUUUUUCAAAUGGAAUUUCAAGAGUACUACCUCUUAAGACAUGCAGUCGACCAAUCAGAAUUGGCUUGUCAAGAAAAGCGAAGCUUAAACAACUUCAUCCCUAUUUGAAAUAAAUAUUACAAGAAUUUAAAAGAAGAUAAUGGACACUAAUAUUUCAAAACAUUUCACAACAUCUAUUUAUCUUUUGUUUCUUUCUUUGGAUGAAUACUUUCUCGCCACUCUGGGAGUGUUGGGCUUUCUCUAUAAUUAAGUAUGGAGAGGGCUUUUUCUUUUUUUGUGAAUUGUUUAAUUACCUUUAAACAUAACAAAAUAUUUCAUUGUUUUCAUAUCAUAUUAGCAAUGCACACGUUAAAGAUUUUUUGUAAUCUUAUAAAACAUGUCAACUUAUUGUUUUUCAUGACAUCUAUAUAUAAUGCUUUCAUGAGAAGAUUGAUAGGCUUUAAGUUUUCACAAAAAGGUCUGUGACUCACAAAAAGGUAAUGAGUCACUGUUCUAAUCCUCUCUCCCUAGUUUCAAGUGAAAAAAAAUGGAGGUAUAAAAAGGGUGGGUGAAUUUUUCAAUAUCACAAAAUUAAUCUCAGGAUUGGGAUAGAGAAAUCUCCUCUGUCAGCUUCUUUUCCACUUUUUUUUUUUUACUUCACUUUCUAUUUUUUAUUACCUUCCUCCAGAGUUUAUCUUUGGAUCUGGAAAAGAAUUAUGAUCAUAGUUAAUACCUAUCAUUAAUUUAUUCACUUAUAGAACAAAUAUAUAUUCCUACUAUUGUGUUACACUCAAUAAUAGAAUACAGAAAAAAUGUAUAAGACCUGGCCUUAUUUUGUGCGUAUGAGAUUGCUAGAGAAAUGGAGGAUAUACAUAAUUGAAAGAUAUUUAAAGUUAACCAUCAUUAAAAUAAUGUGAUUAGAUUAAAUUAUCCUUUAUAAGCCAAGAUCUGAGACACACUAAAAAUCGUCUCAAAUUCAACUCAGUUCAUUCAUUUCUAUUUCUCACCAUGCAAUUUCCAACUUCAAUAUACUGUUCUAAUUUUUUUCCCUCCCCGUAGAGCUCAUCACUUUUAUAUGUGAAAAUAUUAUUAUAUAACUAACACUUUGUUAGAAUCCAAGCUCCUUUAAGUUAGGAUCCUUUCUUCUCCUUAGUAUAUCCUGAGUGCCUGAGAUAUUAUCUGCCCCUUAGAGUAGUCAUAAAAUAUUAUUUGUGUGAAUAAUGAAUACAUUUUUACUUCUGUUCAUAAUAUUUAUGUUUUUUUAAUAAUGUUAAUAACUAUGACUUUGGACAUGUCCUUAGUUCUAAAAAGGAUAUAACACUAUCUCUUGGGAUUAUUGUGAGAUUUAAAUGAGCUGAUGCGUGUUAUGUAUUUAAACUAUCUCUGACACAUAGGAACUGCUCAAUGAUUAACUAUUUAGAAUGUUUGACAUUUUUGAAAUUGUUUUCUGGGUCCUGAAUUGGAUUAUUUUCAGGAAUAUGCUUUAUGAGUCUCAUGAAAAUGAUCAUCUUACUUUUUUCUACAGGUGUUCUCCUCUUUCUCUUCCUGCUUAUUACUAUUAUAAACCCCAUGCUGGAUUUUCUUUAUAUAAGACAAAUCUCAACACAAAAUUUAUCUUCAGAAACCUUGGCCUUUCCCUGUUCUCUGUAGCUGUGUGUGAAUAUUGAACUCUAUUCUCAGAUCUAUUUCUUGAGGGCAAAUUUAUGUACUUCCAGUCAUAAUGCUCAUCCUCAAGAAGUUUUUACAGAUGUCUUCAUCCUCUUUUUAAUAAAUGGCAUAUUCACUUAUAAUUGCUGCUGGUUCUGUCAACUGAUUAACUGAUUUACUAUAUAAGUUUCAAUUCCCAGGACAUACUGUACUGCUUGUGGUGGUUUUCCAUAUCACUGCCUCAUUAUUGCUUUGAUAUAUGGAUCUUUCUUUGUAAUAACCUUGCGGAAGAUUACACCUCCCCAAAUGCCAAACUUCUUCUUGUUUGUGUCAUUACUCAAGCAUCUCUUGCCCCUAUAUAUCCUACCCAACACAUGUAUACACACGCAAAUAUAUACUACCCUGCCUCACCUUCCUAGUUUUAGGAUUAGAAAGUUGAAUAGGAAGGCGGCAUCAUUUUUGUUCUUAUGCAUUUGAGUCUUUAUAGCAUUAAAAAAAGAACAGACCCCAAAUGGAGUCAUUUAUGGCAAUUCCCACAAAGAUUUAGUACCUAACUUAAUUGCAGCUUCAGCCUUUCUCAAGAGUGUAAUUUUAAGCCAAUCAGUCUGGAAUUUCCUGAUCAGCAUGAGUGAGGUCAUCACACCUUAAGACUUUGCUUCUGUUCCCCCAAAUAGGGUGGCUUUGCCUGAAAUCAUAUUUCUUUUCUUUUGCUAAUAACCUGCCCCAUCUUUUUUCUUACUAUAGAACUUUCCAUUUUGUUCUACUCAGUGUAGUACAUACUGUCGAUUAGUGAAUCACUUAAUAAAG